UCUUAAAUUCGUUUCACGCUUCUUCAACACUUCUUCAACACUAAAUAUUAUUACAAGCUGACAAACUUCAACAUUCCCAUCUCCUCUCUCUCCUUCCUAUCCUUCCCCUCUAAAAUUAGCAAAACCCUAUUUUCCUUAAACACCCAAAUUACUCUGUCUCUACAAAUGGACCUCAGUCUCGUACCAUUCCAACAGCACACUACCAAAUCUCGAGAAACCCAUAACCAUGACCUUACCAAAAAUUACAAUAACAACAGUAACAAUAAAACUAAUUAUAAGUACAAAGAAUGCAUGAGAAACCAUGCUGCUUCCAUCGGCGGCCACGCCAACGACGGCUGUGGUGAGUUUAUGCCACGUGGGGCUGCCGACGAUGGCAGUCUCACCUGCGCUGCAUGUGGGUGCCACCGUAAUUUUCACAGAAGGGAAACGGAGGGUACUCAACUACAUUCUCACCAUUAUGAACAUUUCUUUCUUUCUCCUCCUCCGCCACCAGUACCACAACAAAUUCUCUUGUACAAUGCUGGCGGCGGCGGAUCUCCUAGUACUGUUAACAAGAAACACCUGGCUUCUCAUCAUGAGUUUUUUGAUGAUGAGGAUGAUCAUGAUCGGCGGUCGCAGACGCCGGAGAGAGGAGAAGUGAAUGUCGGUGGUUUAGGUGGAAGAGCGACGGCGGUGAGGAAUAAGAGGUUUAGGACGAAGUUUACGCAGGAGCAGAAAGAUAGGAUGCUCGAGUUUGCCGAGAAGAUAGGAUGGAGAAUAAAUAAACAAGAUGACGUGGCACUCAAGCAGUUUUGUAGUGAGAUCGGUGUGAAAAGGAACGUGCUUAAGGUUUGGAUGCACAAUAACAAAAAUGCACAUCGCCGUACUAGAGAAGAAGGUCCACUGCCGUCUACGGCUGAUCCUCCACCUACAGUGCCGUCUCAACCAGUCGGUGUGUAAUGCACUUGGGUUGAUUAGUUAAUUACGAUUACUCUCCCACUUUUUCUCCGUUUAAUUUUUUAGCUUGCUUUGUAUUUAAUUAGUUAGUUAAUUAGGUUACUUAAUGGUACUACAUGUAUUAACUAAUUAAUUAAUCAAAUAUAAUAUUAAUGAUAUUA